AUGUCGUCCUACACUCAAACCCCUGCUGCUGGCGCCUUCAAGGCUGGUGGUGACUCCCCCAUCGAGCCAUCUCCUGCGAGCACCUUCGGUGGCAGCGCGUCUAGCAAUGCCGGUGAUGAUGUCCGCACUCCCAGCAAUGAGAGCGCUGUCCUGUCCAAGAUCUCCAAGCUCACUGUCAAGGAUGGCAAGAGCGUCGAGCGAUACUCUCCACCAUUUGUCCGCAAGAGCUCUCAGGGCAACGAGGAUGACCCAUUCACCUACUCCGCCACUUACUCGACCCCACGCUCUCAACGCCUCUCUCACCACAGCCCAACCGAUCCUAGAUACCAAGGUCGCUCCACCAAGAGUGGCAACUGGCGUGCAGGCUCCUCCUCCUCAAGCUCGGAGGCCAGCACUCUCUCCCCGUCCGUUGCUUACCAGCGCCGUGGUGUUGAGUCCGUAUCGCGUCUUGCUGCUGCUCAGAAGACCGUGCCCGAUAACCGCGAGUCGAGAACCACUGCCACUGAGGCUGUCGUGAUCAAGUCCGAGGACGCCCAGGCCAUCUUCCCACCUUCCAGCUGUGUCUUCGUUGCCAACCUCCUCCAAUCCGAGGCUGAUGAGGCUCUCGAGGUCGCUGUCACUCAGGUCUUCCGCGAGUAUGGCACAGUCUAUGUCAAGAUCCGCCGCGAUACUAAGCAGAUGCCAUUUGCAUUCUGCCAAUACACUAACGACUAUGAUGCCGAGCGUGCCAUCAAGGAGGGUCGUGGUCGCUUGAUCAAGGGUCGCCCAUGCCGCUGUGAGAAGGCCAAGGCACAUCGCCUGUUUUACUUUGAGCGCAAGUAUGGUGCUGCGGUCACCUCAGAUGAAGUUCGGUUGCUCCUCUCUGACUUCGGUCACAUCACCCACUGCAGACCUGCGACCUCAUUCGAGAUUGCGGCCUACAACCUCAAUGAGGGUGUCGUGGUUCAAUUCGAGAUGUAUGACGAGGGUCAGGCUGCUCUCCAGCACUACCGCAACAACCCUGAGUUCAAGAUGCAAGCCUUGGCCAACAUGAGCUCUCCCGCUCAACAGCGUGACGCAUCUGAUCCAUCUGCUCGUGCCUACCUCGAGACCUAUGAUGUUGACAAGCGCUCUGUGUUCUUUGGUAACCUCCCCUCUGAUGUCACUGAAGGCGAGAUCCAUGAUAUCUUCCAACAAUUCGGCGGCGUCUGCAACAUCACUCUUCACAAGUCAGACUCCAUCAUUGAUGUCAAUGAGAAGAACUGCUUCGCCUUCGUUGAGUUCCAACAACAGCCAUCUGUCAGCAGAACCCUCUCAGCCAUGGGUGGAUUCAACCUCCGCGGCAAGACCACCAAGAUCGCCCAGAAGGACUCUGAGUCUGCUCGUUCGCGUCGUCGUCAACUCCCACGCCCUUCUCCUGCUUCGGGUGGUCAAUACAACCAGUCCCCGGCUCCUCGCACCAUGGCUUUGCCACCAACCUCGCCAGUUGCUCAGAUGGCCCCUGCUGCCUACCCCCCACCCUACUACCCCGCCUACCCUCAAGGCCAGUACUACUACCCUGGAACUGGAUUCGCCGCUCAGGCCCAGUACUCCGGCUACCCGGCCUCUCCUUACACUGGUUACCCGUCUCCUUACAUCGGUCCAACCUACUACGCCUACACUGGUAGCCCAUCCUAUGCCGGUGCGACCUCCGCCGGCACUGUCUCUGGCAGCCCGACCCAUCCGUACUACUACAACUACGGCCAGUACCCGUCUCCAGUUCAAGGCUACCAACAGUGGUCACCCAGCCCAGUUGCUCCCCAGCAGAUGUACUUCAGCCCACCAACCUACUCUCCUACCACCGAGAGCACCACCGCCAUCCCUGAUGAUAUUGACCGCUCCGCGACUCCUACCCCGGCUGGCUAUGACACCGCCGCUGAUUCAACCCUGGAGUCCGAAUAA